CUUCCGUGUUUAUUAAUUUUAUACGAUAAGAGUUAUUUUCACUUCCCUGGCUUAUGCAGUGGACAUUAACCUAAACGAUAUGGCCAAGUUUAGUAUAUACCGUUUCUUCCAAAUAUCAUGCACUUUAUAUGCAUUGCUUGUUACAUGUUCUCUGUAUGGAGUUAGUUCCGACCGUGAAGACUCUGAUAAAUGGAAAUCCUGUAAUUUCAGUGAGGCAACAUGUAAAUGUUUGAAACUCGACGAAGGGUCCAUUAAGGCAGACUGUUCUCAUUUACACUUGAAUCAAGUUCCAAUAUUUCCACAUAACGUGGUCUGGAUUAACCUUCAAUUUAACUCGAUUGAAAAUAUUUCCGUCAGUUAUCCGAAAAACCUGUUGUAUUUGGAUCUUUCUCACAACAGCAUUUUUUCCUUUAAAGGUAAUCCUUUUGACAUUAUCCCGAGGCUAAAGUAUUUGGAUCUAUCCAGUAAUAAACUAAGUUUGAGUGAGAAUAAUUUAUUUCCAGAACUUUUUCAGUCUUUAGAAUCCUUGGUAGUUCUGAACCUGAAAAACAAUUCUGUAAAGAUGCAAGGAAACUGGAGUUAUACUGGAGAAAUUCUCAGUGAAUUGAUUUUGUUAGAGGAAUUACAAUUGGAUGCAAUAGACAACUUUUUACUUUCAGAAGGAUUUUACAGACUGAAGAAUCUUAGUCUAUUGGACAUCUCCGCUUCAAGAGGACAUUGUGAAACUGUGAAAAUCACACACAACUUUUUUUCUCAACACCCCAUAUCUUCAACAUCUAGAUAUAUCGUCUUGAGUUUUAGCCACCGGAAUACGUUACUGCAGUCUUCGAGCUUUGAAAGGAAAAUCAAGAUGAUCCGGAACCAUUUAACAUUUCAAUACAGUCAUUCUACAAAUUUCUCAACCUUUCUUCACAACUUUAGAAAUUUCUGCAGGAUUGAAGUUUCUCACUGGAGACCAGUUAUAUAUGUACAUAUUCCUGAAAAUCUCCAAACAAUUUAUGUUAAUGAUAGUAGGCAGUAUUCCAAGAUAUCUCAGUUUGGUCUUAUUGCACCGAAACUGAGGCACAUGUUCUUUCAAAAUAAUGUAUUGAAUGAAUGGAUAGGACCAAUGUACGGGAUACAAAACGUAACUCUUAUUGAUCUCUCGAAUAAUUUCUGCACAAAACUGUCAUCCAAUUUCUUUGUUAACGCAUCAGGACUUUUACGUCUCAAUAUUUCUAGAAACUCGGUUGGAGAUAAUCUGGAGAGAGACAAGAAUGGACUUAUAUUUAGAAACUUGGUUUCGGUGGAAACAUUGGACUUAAGCUCCAAUAAGAUUUAUCAUUUGCCGUAUUUACUUUUGAAAAGAUCUCGGAAUAUCGGGGCAUUGAUUCUUAACAAUAAUCAACUUUCUGAGUUGAAUGUCGGCGUUAAACAUAUGCAUCACUUAGAACAUCUUGAUUUAUCUGAAAAUAGAAUAGAUUCUAUCAGGGAUGAAAUCAGACAGGAACUGACUGAUUUGAUAAGGCUGAAAAACACGUCCAUAGAUCUAUCUGGGAAUAACGUUGACUGCUCGUGUGAAAAUGUUCCAUACAUCCAGUGGAUGGUUAAACAUAAAGAAAAUUUCGAAAGGUUUGAUGACUACGAAUGUGCCAUAAAGAGUCAGAAAAAUUUCAAUUUCAGCGAUCCUGUCACAUCUCUUAAAUCUUUGGUAGUGGAAUGCCGAUCUUAUACCACAUUCUACAUUGUUGCAUCCAUAGUCUUGACCAUUCUAGUUUUCGUGGUCAUCGCUAUGUUAGUGAAAAGAAAUAUUUGGACAAUAAGAUUUACCAUAUAUCAAUGUAAGCAAAAAGUGAAGACAGGUGGUCGAUAUAUGCAAAUAUUAUAUCAGAGAAACCGAUUGAACUUCAGUUAUGACAUAUUUAUUUCAUAUUCUGCCCGGGAUCGAGAACUUGUUAUGAAUAAACUUCUGUUGAAAUUACAAGAUUUAAACCUUGACGUCUGCAUUCGUGAGAGAGACUUUUUAGCAGGUCGUCAUAAAGCUGACAAUAUAAUGGACGCGAUAGAGAGCAGCAAAAUGACAGUCUGUGUUGUUUCGGAAUCUUAUCUAAAGUCUGGAUGGAGGGAUUACGAACUAAAUAUGGCAAAACUCGAGGGUAUAAAAAAGAGAGGAGGACUCCAUUACGUGUAUUUAAUAAUUCUUCCAGGAGCCUACGAUUUAAAGCGAAAAUGUCCGAAUUCCCUGAAGGAUUUGAUCAAUGAAAACCUUUUUUGUCAUUAUCCUUCUGAGGAAUCAAUGGCAGAACUGGAUAUAUUUUGGAAUGACUUUUCCAGUGUUGUUGCUCAUAAUUAAAAUGAAAACUUUGUAGCAUUUAUAGAUUUGACAUUUGUAUCCAAGGAAAGACACAUGUCAACAAUUCAAACUUUAAUUUUAGUGAUAAAAAAGCGAAAUUAUAGGAACAGGGGUCGAAAAAUAACUCUAUAUACAGUAGAUAAUAGUCAUUUGAAUUUUUGAUAAAAGAAUGAAAAAAAACAACCCGAUUUCUUUUAUUAUUAAGUCUUUCUUUUUAUCACCUUUUAUUACCUUCAUC